CAGUCCGAUCGAGUAGAACUCGUCCAGCCCAAACGAAAAAUUAAAAAAAAUGUUGCGAUCGACUGUCUUCCUUUUGGCACUGAUCUCCCUUUGUUCUGGGCAGCCUGGAAGUGCACGUUACAGCUACUUCAAUCAAUUUCAAGCAGGUAAACCUUCACCAGCUUUGGGAAGGUUUUUCUUUCCGUUCAGACCGUACACGCUCCCAUUUGGGCCGUUUUACUUGCCGGACUUGAUUCCAACGUCCAUCAUCACGGUGACCCAGGUCGUGCCGACAACUUUCACCAGGACCGUCGAUGCUUAUUGCAUAGACGGAGCGACUUCUGUUUGCUCUGUUCGUCGAAAGAGAGCUGUGCUGGAAGAAGACCAGCUGGUCUACGUCAAUGGCCAGCCGUUCCAGCCGUCAGAGGUUUCCAGAAUGUUAGCAACGGAAAUGCCGAUGGACUCGCGCGUUCCAGCAGCGACUGCCUUACUGGAUGCUUCGAUGACAUCACCCGAAGAGACGGCACGUGAAGGUCGUGCGAAACAGGGCCAGUGGUAUUUCGCCACCACGACCACUGUUACGAUGACAGCUGUCACUGUCGUCAACUCAACCAACGCUGAAAUCAUUCCAAUUUCAAUCGCCGGAUGCAUUCCGGCUUGUUUAACUACUUUAGCGCUAUGUUAGAAUCGUCGGGCUUUUAUAUGUCAACAUAUGUUACG